UCUAAAAAUUUGAAAGUUUCUUUAUUGUUUUUUCAGACUUAGGACCUUGUCAAUUAGAAGUGGGUUAUAAAUUUUUUACUCAAAUUUAGUCAACUAAAGUAAAUCUGGAUCACUAUCUAGUUUCAAUUCAAAAUGGAUGAUCAGUGAGUUGUGAAUGUUUUGGAAUUUAACUUAUUUGCAGGGUUGACACUCAGGAAUCUGAACAGCUAAAAGGUUAUGAUGUGGAGGAUUUGAAUCUGGAGGUCAUUGAACAUGCCUUACUAUUCUAAUUUAGUUGACCUGAGUGCUAGAUUUGACAUUAACUAUUGGUUCUUUUUCAUCCAUGGUACAGUCAAUCGGAAGUGAAGAUGGUGAAAUUGAGAUUGAUCAUCUCAGAUUUAUGCUGGUAAAUUUUUUGACAUAUUUUGCCUUGCACUAGUCUCGCUGCUUCACCAAAUAGGAAGUCAUUUGUGUGCUGUCACAUAGACUAACCCUGCAGGAAUUUUUUUUGUAUCCCAUUGUGCGCUUAGCAACAAAAGAAGAUGGAAAUGUCCAGUUUGAAGGAACAGAUUGAAAUGGAAAAGAUUGCUUUGUCUUCCUUGCAAACCAAGGCUGAAACAAAAAUCAAGAAAGCUCAAGAAUUCGUCUUUCAGAAAGAUUCUGAGUUACAAGCUGCAGAGGAGAGCCUUUCAGGACUAGAAGAGGUCCAAAUUGAAUACUCUGGGGAAGGUGAAAUUGUGGAGGUCACAGGUAGCUUCAAUGGUUGGCAUCAUCGGAUUAAAAUGGAUCCUCAAGCAUCUUCUGGUGUCAUAGACCCUGUCGGGUCAAGGAAAUCCAAAAUGUGGUCGACAGUUCUGUGGCUUUAUCCUGGGACGUAUGAGGUUUGAACUAUGAUCUAAUAAUGCAGCAACCUUUUAUCUUUUCAUCUUAACUGAAAUAACUAGUCAGGCUGUGGACAUCUGAAACCAACAUAUGUUGGUUUUUAGUUGACUGGUAUCAUCUGAAACCAACAUUUUCCAAAGAUAUUUACUUUGAUGAUGUUGUUUACUUCUAAAUUCACAUUGUGCCCACUUUAGAAGUGAUGUUAGUUGAAAAAUGAGUCCUCAAUUAUCUGAAAACAUGGAAGACGGUUAAUACUGAGACAUACUCUCUCAGUUACUUGUUCUUCACUUGGUAUCCAAGAUUAAAUUGUUUAUAAUGUUUAGUUCUGUUCCCCCAUUCUGAAAUAGUAAACUAAAUGGCAGAUUGUGCCAUACUUUGAUGCCAGCAACUAGAAUCAAUAUUAGGAGAUACUGCAAUGAUAUAGGAAAGGUCCCUAAAAAUGUAGUUUAGAGAAAAUGGCUAAAACUCGUUUACUGACGAUGAUCCAAGCAGACCUUCGAAAGAUCUAGUUCCAUGUGUUUAUUAAAUGAUGAAGUUUUUAUGAGUUGUUUCCCAUCAUUUAACACAUUUUCAAAUUGCAGAUAAAGUUCAUUGUUGAUGGUCAAUGGACUGCUGAUCCUCAAAGGGAGUCAGUCAACAACGGUGGCAUAUGUAACAACAUUCUGCGAGUUGAUACAUAGUUUUGGCUCCUGGAGGAGAUUCUCUAUAUUCUGUGUAUAGACAAGUAUACAUACAGAACAGAUUUGCUUCAAUUUCAAUGCACAAUGCUUGUACAUGGAACAAACAAGCCAAAUGCCUAUAUGUAGGGAGGAGACUCGUGACAUGAAUGAUACUCGGAGGGGAUGAAUGAUCAAAUGAAGGGACGGAGAAGUAGAAGGAAAGGGAAGAUGGAACUGACUAGAAACCAUACCCUUAGAGAAACUAAAAAAGUCUAAACGAAGGGAAAUAAUUUUUGAAUUGAGGAGAAAAUUGUGUUUUGAGUCUUUUGACUUUUUUUAAUUUGAGUUAAUUAGAUAUGAAACUCUGGAUUUUUAGGAAGUUUUGACAUAUCAAGAUGUUCAUCAAAUCGUAUAUUACGUCGGCCCUAAAUUGGGAUCCAUAUGUGAUUGACGAUUUGAUGGAUAUACAAGUAUGCUAAGGAGUUCUGAUUUUUUGUUUUUGCAUUAGAUAUUAAUGUUUUAAUUUUUUUUUAUUUUAAAUCAUUACCACUAAUUUAGGUUGUACUCAUCUUUUGAGUAACUGUUUACAUGUAGGGUAAUCCCGGAUUAAGGAACGUACACGGGGUCUUGGGCAGUGGGAUCAUGACUCUAUUUCUCAUCCAUGCCUACCUUGGACUUCAACUUGGCCUCAGUUACUGAUCAUAUCUCUGUCCAUUCACUACCAUUUAGGCUUUUGUCAAUUCAUUUAUAGGAAGGAAAGUCUCUUAAGGGAAGGGGACGGGUACAAUUUUGUAGCAAAAUGCACAUGGCAUGAAAAAUAAGGAAAGUUAUUUUUGUACCUUUAACUCUCUUCAUUGCAAACCAUAAAUUUCCUUUCCAAAU